UGACUCUUUGCCAUUCACGAGACCCUUUUCUUCCUACAUGGUGUGGCGCAUGGCAACAUCUCAUUCCCUAAUUAAUGACUGUGUCACACCCACCCCCCAAUAAUCUUACCAUACAAUACAACUUUCCCUCUUAUCAUUUCCUCAAUUUAAUCCGUGUAAUCCACUGCUUCUCUGCGUCCCCCGCAGAUCAAUAAGAACUGGCUUCCCGUCAUUCCCCACACCUGCUCAAUAUUCACUGUCGACUUCGACUUUAGUGCUUUUUCUCAUGGGUACACAGUGAAGCGAUCGACAAUGCAGGGGGUUCGUUUCAUGUGCCCAGGAAUGUGUGUUUGUUGUUCGAGUCAAGGGAAAACCCCACCUAACCACUCCGUAGAAACAGUGCUAGCACUGUCUAUCUGUCUAUCAAGUAGCUUUCACCAAUGCCAUUCCUGUCGCUUACAUGAUCAGAGUCUACUAACGUUAUAUCGCUAACAAGAAGUCACGUGCUUUAUAGAGCAGUGUCUUCAUCACUUCUCUGU